UCCAAUCAACUGAACGUCCCACAGGUGGACUCCAAACCACUGAACGUCCCACAGGUGGACGCCAAACCACUGAACAUCCCACAGGUGGACUCCAAUCAACUGAAAGUCCCACAGGUGGACUCCAAUCCACUGAACGUCCCACAGGUGGACUCCAAUCCACUGAACGUCCCACAGGUGGACUCCAAUCCACUGAACGUCCCACAGGUGGACUCCAAUCCACUGAACGUCCUACAGGUGGACUCCAAACCACUGAACGUCCCACAGGUGGACUCCAAUCCACUGAACGUCCCACAGGUGGACUCCAAUCAACUAAACGUCCCACAGGUGGACUCCAAUCCACUGAACGUCACACAGAUGGGACCCCAAUCCACUGAACGUCCCACAGAUGGACUCCAAUCCACUGAACGUCUCACAGGU